AAUUAUUUGCGGAAGUAAGUAUGAGCGUGUCGUUUACGAACUGCAGGAUACAUUGUGAAUACCAUCAUGAUUUAGGCCGGUUAUAGUAGUUCCCGAUAUAGUUUUUUUUUAUUGUUAUUAUUAAAUUUUGUAUUACUUCUUGGAACAACUUUCGGACUAGUUAUGUCCAAAUCGACGGCGAAAUACCGGAAAGACAACCAGUCAUUACAGUUGCCAAUCUACAAGCAUAAAGCUAAACUGGUACAGGCUGUGAAGGAGAGCACUUUCUUGGUGGUUACCGGUGAGACUGGCAGCGGGAAAACGACGCAGCUUCCACAGUAUUUGUGCCAAGCAGGUUUUUGUAAAAAUGGCAAAAUUUGCAUCACCCAGCCCCGCCGUGUGGCUGCCAUCACGGUGGCUCAAAGGGUUGCCCAUGAGAUGCAGUGCACUCUGGGAAGAGAGGUGGGCUACCAGGUGCGCUUUGACGACUGCACGACGCAGGACACGGAGUUGAAAUACAUGACGGAUGGCUGCUUGCUCAGAGAGGUCCUGGCAGACCCUGGACUUUCUCACUACAGUGUUGUAGUCUUGGAUGAGGUCCACGAACGAAGCCUGAACACUGAUAUCCUCCUGGGUUUGCUGAAAAAAGUAUUUUCGAAUCCGACUGAAGCUAUGAAGGGCCGAGCUUUCCCACUAAAGGUGGUGGUGAUGUCCGCCACCAUGGAAACAGACAAACUUUCCGCCUUUCUAGGUGACUGCCCGGUAUUUGCUAUCCCUGGAAGGACUUUUCCUGUCACGUGUACGUUGGGCACUGCCGUGGGACCUAAAGACCUACAGAGCACGGGUUAUGUGAAAGAGGUUGUCUCUCUGGCUCUGGAUGUUCACACUAGUGAGAAGGCUGGCGACAUUCUGGUGUUUUUAACAGGUCAGUUGGAGAUCGAGCGGGCGUGCGAUUUGCUGUUUGAGAAAGCGGAGUCGAUAGACUACCGCUAUGAUGUACAGGACAAAACAGUGGAUGGACUACUUAUUUUACCCCUCUAUGGUUCCAUGCCAACCGAGCAACAGCGGCAGAUCUUCCAGCCUCCUCCUCCGGGAAUAAGGAAGUGUGUGGUGGCCACCAACAUCGCUGCCACAUCUCUCACCAUCAAUGGCAUCAAGUACAUCAUAGACAGCGGCUUUGUGAAGCAACUCAACCAUAACUCCAGGGUGGGCAUGGACAUUUUAGAAGUGGUACCCAUUUCAAAGAGUGAAGCUCUGCAGCGAGCAGGCCGGGCUGGAAGAACCUCAGCGGGGAAGUGUUUCCGCAUCUACACCAAGGAAUUCUGGGAGGAAUGCAUGCCCGAAUAUACAAUUCCAGAGAUCCAGAGGACGAGUUUGACUGCAGUGGUCCUCACUCUCAAGUGCCUGGGUGUACAUGAUGUCAUUAGGUUUCCCUAUCUGGACCCUCCAGAAGAGAGGUUUAUCCUGGAGGCACUGAAACAGCUCUACCAGUUUGAUGCUAUCGACAGGUUUGGUGGUGCGCUCUUUGCCUUUUUGGGUAUUGUUAACACAACAGUGCUAGCAGUCACAAGGGGCAUGUUGUCUGCCAGGAGAGGUCGAGUGACUCGCCUGGGGGAGCUAAUGGUGGAGUUCCCCCUGCAGCCCGGCCUCACCAGGGCCCUGCUCAAAGCUGCCUCGCACGGCUGCCAGGAUCUGCUUCUCUCCGUGGCCGCCAUGUUGUCUGUCGAGAACAUCUUCAUCCGGCCUGGCCACCCUGACAAGCAGAAAGAGGCAGAUCAGAGUCACAGAGCACUGGCGGCCAAUAGCGGCGGCGUAAAUGACUUCGGUACACUUCUGAGUGUGUUUCAGCAGUGUAAAUCCAGUGAAAGACCGUCAGCGUGGUGCAAGGAUAAUUGGAUCCACUGGAGGGCGCUCAAGUCUGCCUUUAGUGUCGAGACUCAGCUCCGUGACAUUCUCCUCCGUUUGCAACAAAGGAGAGAUUUCCCAGUGGAGAAAUUCGAUGGCAAUAAGAACGAACUCUUUAGACGGUGUCUGUGCACAGGAUACUUCACCAAUGUUGCCAGAAGAUCUGUUGGAAAGGUAUUUUGCACAAUGGAUGGUCAUGGGUCUAUGGUUCACAUUCAUCCAUCAUCAUCGUUGUUCGACAAGGAGAUGGAGCUGGAUUGGAUUCUCUUUCACGACGUGUUGGUGACAUCACGGGUGUACGUCAGGACAGUAUGUCCCAUCCGAUAUGAGUGGGUGAAAGAUCUUCUGCCCAAAUUGCACGAGGUGGACGUUUAUGAACUAAGCAGCGUGGCGCGAGAAGAAGUCACCGAUGAGGAGGUGACCAAGUGGGAGACGAGGGAGGCUGCCAAAAGACAAUCAGAGAUUUCUGCUGAGGAUGCCUUGAAGAAAGUGGAGAAGCGAAACAAUGAAAAUAGCGUCAGUGAGGCACGCGCUCGCUAUCUUCAGCGGAAACUGCAAAGACAACAGAAUAAAGUUGUUUGAGAUUGCGCUUGUCUUACUUAGUGAGGAGAAAGUAGGAGUGUAUUGCCGGUAGUAGGAUCUAAAAUAAUUGCCAAAACAGGUUGCCAUAUGCAUGGAUGUAAUGGACCUGAUUCACGGUGUCCAGUUAUGUUUUCUUUUUAAAUAACAUACUGACAAUAAAUAUUUUUGAUACA